AUGAGACGGCCAUCUUCUAGAGACAGAAAUACGAAGAAACCCCAGCAUGACUCGAAACAGAAGACACCAGACUAUCUACAAAAACUAGAGCUCGAGCUAGAGAUCCGGAGUGAGAGACAACGUCGUCAAACUGCAGAGCUACAGACGAGAGAGCAUGCCCGGAAUUACAACGAGCUACACGAAAUAUGCACCGAGUAUGAAACAAAGAUUGCAGAGGCAGAAGGCCGGGCCAGGCAAAAAGAGACCGAAGCUGGACAGUUGCGACGAAUGCUGAAUGAGGAAACCAAACGGGCAGAUUUAAACGACUGGUACAUCCAGAAAGCCGAGGAUGUAAUCCUGAAUCUUGAAAAGGCUGCUCUGGCGCAGCGAGAGAGGGCCACUGAUGCUAUAAAAGAACUCCAGUUCAGAAUUCAUUACGGAGAAGACAAGACUAAACAGCUGAGGAAGUUGAUCGAUGAAGUCUCGGCAGAGGUGAAGAAAUGCAAGAACCAGACUAUCAAGGAUGAUAAAGACUGGAUCGACUUCCACAAUAGGUUGCUGGAGUAUUCGACGAUUUUUGAGCAAAGAAGAGCAGAGAUCUUGCAAAAAGCCCAGAAAAUGCAAGCCAUGAUAGGACUUUCCGAGGAAGUCAUACAGAACCGGGCUCGCCUUUUGCAAAACGAGGGAGUUGAGCUGGAUGCUCAACGUUCAGCAGUCGAUACACAAAUCAAAUGGAGGAAGACGGUGAAUGAUCUAGGGUUAGUAGCCGGCCAUGUGACUAAACACCAAAAGAGGAAAAACCUAGCAGCGAAGGAGAGGGAGAAGGAGGGGAAGAGAAGGGAGAACAUGGGGAGGGCGCAUGGGAAUCUUUGGAAAGAGCCUAGAAAUACCUGCACCUUUUGGACUGACGAUGAUAGUUUGUGUUCUUCUCCAGAUUCAUGCAACGCAACCAUCGAAACUGCCUACGACUUCCAACUUCCUGACCCAGCCAGGCGGCUACCAGCAGAAAUGUCGCACGCAUUCGAUGUACCAUGGGCCUCGCAGCGCAUGGAUGGCGUGUUUUACCCUCCGUGGCCAAAUUUCAGUCCUCCAAUUAGCCGAAUGGAGUCCCUCAACCUAUCCGACCGUGACACGGAGCUGUUGACCCCCGCUCUCUGCGACACAAACAUGUCGAACAUGUCUGAUGUGGCCGAAGUGCCGCAAUUUAUCACCAACAAUCGACUACAGCUGGUUCAACGGAAGCGUGUGCGGUUCGCAUCCCCGGAUAGGACCGGUAUGGGUGGCGGAAACGAGAUUGAACGGUCUUCGCUGAUAGAGCGAAGCGGAUCAAACGCCGGUUUCCACCCCCUCCCUGGCUUGGACCUGACCGGCCCAAAUCCACCGAGACAUGCGGCCAGACACCCGUCUCUCAAUCGAAAACCGGGGGAGCCGGUGACCCGCAGACACCCUUCCCGACUCCCGCCAACGUCCGCUCCACAAACCGAGCACUCCCGGCCAACAGAGCUUCCCCUGCCACAUGAGGUCACCCCGCCGAUGGAGCCCUCCCCAAGAUGGCCCGAGUUGAUCGGCCAUCAGUACUUGGAAGGCUCGUCUUCCCACUCAGCCAGGUCACGGAUUGAAAUGGUGGCGGGUUUACCUUUUCGUACUACCAGUCCUCUCCAACAACCGCGAGAGGUGCAGAAGACGAACAAGAAGUCUUCAUCUAGUUCGCGCCAAGUGGAGAAAGCCACACAGAGGUGGAGGAAGAAGGUACCAAAGUCCCCGACUUUGCCGAUGCCGAUGCCCGGGAUGUGGCCCUGCGAAAGUCCGCUCGACGACAAACCCAUAAACACGACCAAGCCUCGUAUUCUCGGGCGCUUGUCUGAAUCGGUCGGGGGGCGGCUGCGUCGUGUCAUCCAGAGACGGCGGUAUCAGUUGGCCGGUGGCAUAGUUAUCUUUGGCACAUUGCUCUAUGCAUUUGUCGGCCACCAUUCACAUCACAAGUGGUUGGUGUACAAUGGAAUUCCCCAAGUCAUCCUCAGCAAGCUCCGCAACUCGCCUACGAUGGUGAUCAGAGGGUCGACGCCUCUUGACUUUAGCAUCAUGAACGUCGUCAAUCACGACCGAGCAAAGCUUGGCUGA